UUUAUCCGUACGACGAUGCCGAGUAUGAAGAGGACACCGAUUUGCCUGAUGACCAUUUGGCAAGACGGUCUCGCGCUGAUGAUGGCGAAGUCAUUGACGAUGACGAAGAGCUGUUCGGAGCCCUCAUGGAAGAGACGUAUGAAAACGAUGGUGAUGAUGACUCGAAAGAGAUGGAAUUCGAUCUCCAGUGUCUUCAAAUUGAUGAGAUCGGUGCUUUCGACAUGAAUGGCCUUCUGGAUAACAUAUUAGAGGUCGACGUAGAAGACCACGUCUAUGAUCAACCCCCUGAUGCUUCCCUUACAACAAUGCAUGUAGCAGGAGAACGGAUAACCGUGCCACGAGGUAGCACGCAUGUAGCCAAAACCACGUACGAAGAAGUCACUGUCCCUCCAGAAGACCAUGCCCCUCCCGGUGUUGGGGAGGAGCUAGUUAAAAUAUCAAGCCUUGAUCCGGUUGGACAACUUGCGUUUAAAGGAAUUAAGACCCUGAACCGUAUUCAGUCGGUGGUCUUUGAGACCGCCUACAACAAGAGUGAGAACCUUCUGAUCUGCGCUCCUACCGGUGCAGGUAAGACCAACAUCGCUAUGCUGGCCAUCCUGCAGGAGGUUCGGAAGCAUCUGGAUGCACGAGGGGCUGUCAAGCACAAUGAAUUUAAGGUGGUCUACGUAGCUCCUAUGAAGGCACUUGCAGCGGAGAUGACCCGUACCUUCGGGUCACGUCUAAAGCCUCUAGGUCUCUCGGUACGGGAGCUUACAGGGGACAUGCAGCUCACCAAGAAGGAGAUGAUGGACACUCAUAUGCUAGUGACAACGCCUGAGAAAUGGGACGUGGUUACGAGGAAGAGUGUCGGCGACGUUGCCCUUACACAGCUCGUCAAACUCCUCAUCAUCGACGAGGUUCAUCUCCUACACGAAGACCGUGGUGCGGUCAUCGAAAGCCUGGUCGCAAGAACACUCAGACAGGUGGAAUCCUACCAGAACAACGUCCGAAUCGUUGGACUCUCUGCCACCUUGCCUAACUACGAGGACGUGGCACGGUUCCUUCACGUCAAUCUAAAGACGGGACUCUUCUACUUCGACGCCCGGUUCAGACCCGUGCCCCUUCGACAGACGUACAUUGGGGUGCAGCUAGGCUCGGGCGGGGGCGGCUCGAGGUUUGUCGAACAGCGCAAGCGAAUGGACGUCGUCUGCUACGAGAAAGUUCGUAACCUCGUCGACCAGGGUCACCAGGUCAUGGUGUUCGUGUUUGCUCGGAAUGCCACAGUGAAAUCCGCCAUAGACCUCCGCGACAGAGCGAUAGCCAACAAUGAAAGCAAGAUGUUCAGCGCGGAAGAGAAUGAGGAAUACGAGGCUGCUCGUGAAGAGGUGCAGAAGUCUCGUAACAGGCAGUUGAAAGAACUGUUCGAUGUCGGUUUUGGCAUGCACCAUGCCGGCAUGCUGCGGCAGGACAGGAACCUCGUAGAACGCUACUUCGCCGCUGGACUGAUCAAGGUUCUAUGCUGUACCUCCACCCUCGCAUGGGGGGUCAACCUCCCUGCACAUGCCGUCAUCAUCAAGGGCACACAGUUCUACGACCCCGACAAAUCCAAGUUUGAAGAUAUCGGCAUCUUGGAUGUGCUGCAGAUCUUCGGCCGUGCAGGGCGCCCUCAGUACGAUACGUUCGGAGAAGGGUACAUCAUCACAGCUAUAAACAAACUUGUCCACUAUCUCAAACUAAUGAUGGACCAAACCCCGAUCGAGAGUCAGUUCAUCAAGAGACUCGAUGACAAUCUGAAUGCAGAGAUUGUUCUUGGAACUGUGAGUAACGUGGAGGAAGCCAUUCGCUGGCUGAGCUACACCUACAUGCACGUGAGAAAGCUGUGCCAAGAAGACAAAAUAUUAAUUGGUGGUAUCUUGGGUGACCCUAAUCUGAAGAAAUAUCGUGAACAUAUCGUGAAGGCGUCAGCCCGUGCUCUGCAGAGUGCGAAGAUGGUUGAGUACGACAACGACACCGGAGCGCUGGACUACACCGAGAUCGGCCGAAUCGCAAGCCAUUUCUACAUCAAGCAAGCCACUAUUCUGCAAUUCAACGCCGCCAUAAAAGCGUGUCAAAGCAGGGAAGAGAUAUUAACGUUGGUAUCGAAAGCGGCUGAGUUCAAACAAGUUAAGGUUCGGAAGGAAGAAGAAGCAGAACUUGAAGAACAUCGGAAAUAUCACUGUGAGGUUGACGUGCCCAAGGUCAAAGAGUCAUCUGGCAAGGUCAAUGUCCUUUUGCAGACUUACAUCACGGGCGGCACCUUGACCUGCUUCUCUCUGGUGUCUGAUACCAACUAUGUCGCACAGAACUCCGCCCGGAUCAUGCGAGCUUUGUUUGAAAUAGCCCUCCAAGAAGGACGCCCUCAACUAGCGUCCAACGUUCUCUCCCUGACCAAGUCCGUUGAUCAGCGAAUGUGGUCUUCGAAGAAUCCUCUACGACAGCUCCAAUCUCGCGACUGCAAUAGACUUCUCAAUGUUGCAGGGGAUAACUUUGAUGACAGUCGACUGCAGACCAUGACUCCAGAAGAAAUAGGCGACAUCGUUCACGAGUUCGAAAGAGAAGUCACCAAAACGGACCGCAUCGCCAUCGGGAAACGAAUCAAGCAGGCAGCGGAGCAAUUCCCUCGUCUCCUCCUAGACGCUACGGUCCAUCCGCUUUCGAAAACCCUCCUAAGGAUCCGUCUGAAGAUCACGCCCGAUUUCACAUGGAACGACCGGUUAAACGGCUAUAGAACGACUAACUGGUGGAUAUGGGUUGAGAAUUCAUCCGCGGAUGUCAUGUACCAUCACGAGUUUUUCAGCAUCUCGAAGCAACAGGUCCAGACCCGCGAAGAACAAGAAUUGAUCAUCACCAUACCCGUAGACGCAUCGGGAAAGCUCCCCGCCGAAUGCAACGUGAAGGCUGUAUCGGAUUCUUGGUUGGGAGCGGAGACCAAUUGCCCUCUACCAAUCACAGACGUUGUUCUACCAGGCCAAUCACAUGCCAAGUACAAUGCGUUUCGUUGUUUGAAACCAGGAGAGAUACCCCAGACUUUGCCCAAGACUGCUCUCCAGAAUCUUCAGUAUCAGCAGAUGUUUUCAUUUGAUGAAUUCAACCGUUUCCAGAAGGUCGUCUUCAACAAGCUAUACACGGAGACAGAUAGCAAUGUACUGAUCGGUGCACCAGGAGGGAUGGGUAAGAGUGUAGCCACCGAGCUAGCCAUCUUGGGAGCCUUCAGAGCAAGACCAGACACCAAGGUUGUCUACAUAGCACCUCUAAGAUCUCUACUCCGUCGACGCUUUAGAGACUGGAGAGCCCGAUUUGGCGAUAUUCUUGGGAAGAAGGUCUUCAUGUUGAAUGGUGACGUCAGUUCUGACGUCAACACAGUAAAGAGAGCUGACAUCAUCCUGGCGACAUCAGAAAAGUGGGAUGCUGUUUGUCGUCGAGGGCAAAAUACCGAGGAUGUUUCGCUUCUCGUCCUGGACCAACUUCAAUUUCUAGCCUCUGACUGUGGACCAGCGCUGGAGGCCAUCGUAACUCGCAUGAAGAUCACAUCACGUUCGACAUCCAAAGUCCGUAUCGUGGCUCUAUCGACUCCGAUGUCAAACUCCAUUGAAGUAGCAGAAUGGCUUGAUGUGAAGGAAGGUUACUCGUAUAACUUCAAAGCAGAUGAGCGCCCUGUUCCUCUUGAGAUAACCGUUCUGGGAUUCUCGGGCAAGUACUAUCACAAUCGGGCUGCUGCCAUGAACAAGCCAAUCUACCAAGAAAUUCAGGCCAAUGCCCGGGAGAAGCCAGUCAUCAUCUUCGUAGCUUCAAAGAAGCAGACGUCAGCAACAGCCUUCGAGCUUAUUGCUCACCUACGAACAGAGAAGGAUCCCAAAAUCUGGCUCCACGAAAUGACAAGUGAAGAGAUUGAAGAAGUGUGCAAAGACAUCACAGAUGACAACCUAAAGCUCUCCCUAACAUUCGGGGUUGGUGUUCAUCAUGCUGGCCUCAGUGUUGAAGACAGGAGGACAGUGGAACAACUCUACCGUGAAAGACACAUACAGGUACUGGUAGCUACCAAGAAUCUCGCAUGGGCGACCGAUCUGGGCGCUCGUCUAGUCGUUGUCAAGGGAACGGAACAAUACGAUGCCAAGAGUGAGAGAUACGUAGACAUGCCAGUGACAGAUAUCCUACAGAUGGUGGGUCGGGCAGGUCAUCACAGUCGGGACCAUAAAGGCUCAGCGGUCGUAAUGGUCCACGAUGUCAAGGCGCACUACUAUGAGGGUUUACUGAAAGAAUCUAUGAACAUCGAAUCCAGGCAUUCAGUGGAGUCCCUAGCAGACCAUGUUAACGCGGAGAUAGCUGCGGGUGAGCUUACUACCGUGAUGGAGGUGGAGAGAUACAUCAUGAAAACUUUCUUCUAUCGGAGAGUCUCUUCCAACCCAAGUUUCUACGGUGCGAAAGAUGCCCGUCCUACUACCAUCAGAUCCUUCCGGCUGACCACGGCUCAAGAAGUCUUGAUGAAACUCAUGGAUGCUGAGUGCAUCACUACAAAGCCAUCGGCUUCGACCACAACAUGCAAGUCCCAAUCUCUGGGCAAGAUAGCAGCAGAGAACUACGUACUACCAGCCACAGUCCUGAAAUUCAGCCAAUCGACAAGACCGACAUCCUUGGCUUACUGUCUCAAAAUCUUGUCAGAGGCAAAGGAGUUUUCAGGGACCCCAGUGCGUGCAAAUGAGGACAACUUGAACAGAACGCUUUCUACGGCACUACCACGAUGCGGCCAUGCCAUUCCGAUGAGCCAAAUGGACUUUCAAAGUCCCCGUACCAAGACCUAUCUACUUCUCCAAGCUCAUCUCACCCGGGCUGAUCUCCCUACCAACGACUACAACACAGAUACCAGAGCCAUCUUGGAUCGCAUAGCCAUGCUCAUCAACGCCAUGGUUGAGGUUUCUGGAGACAGGAGAUCCUUCACUGAGAUCCUUCUGAGCAUGCGUACAAGCCAGUCUAUCAUGCAGGCCAGAUGGGCAGACGAGUCUCCUCUCCUUACGCUACCGCAUAUCACCCGAGCUCUCCUCCCUCGCUUCAAGAUCAGCAAACAUGGCGGAAAGGUUAGGAAAGAAGAAUUGUUGAGUCAGCUCAUCAAUACCUGUAAUGGGAAGAAGGAAGUUCUUGAGGGCAUGCUGCAGAUUGAUCUCAACCCAACUCAGAUCCAAGAGAUUUGGGAUGCUCUAGAAAAGCUGCCUCUUCUCAAGAUAGAUGUAUCAAUCAGUGACGGUCCAUCACAAACAGCAACCAACAUGCGUGGGGCUAAGAGACUUCCCAAGUCAAUUCAUAAAGAAGAGAUUGAAAGCACUGUGACCACGACAGCUCAAGCAAACCAAGAAUACACACUGCAUGUAAAUCUCCGUCAAUUGAAUAAAGGAGCAAAGGGAGCCCCCUGUCUACACCCGAGAGACAGGACGGUGUCUGGAUGGUGUCCUAAAACGGACAGGACUACUCGGUAA